GACAUCGAGUUCCACUUCGAAAAGACACGCAGCUUCCACACCAUGCAGGUCCACAGUAACAACCGUCACACCCAGGGUGUGAGGGUGUUCAGUAAGGUAGAGUGUCAGUUUAAACCUGGCCUCUUACUCCCCUGGUCCUCGCCCCCCCUCUCCCUGGCUGUACCCCUGGAGGACCUGAAGGACCCCUCCUCACGCCCCAUCUCCCUGCCCCUGGGGGGUCGCCCCGCCCAGAUCUUACGCUGCCAGUUUUCCUUCGCAGACCGAUGGAUGCUCAUCUCUGAGAUCUCCUUCUACUCCGAGCCGUAUGGGGAGGGUGUCGACCCUAUGGACACGGGCUCUGCUCUUCCUGCUCCUCCGGUCUCCUCCGCUACUCCUCCUCCUCCUGUCUUCCCCUCCUCUGUCAGCCCCGCCCUCAACCACAACUUCACUAGCGUUCCCUCAGAACCCCCCACCACCAACCCCAUGAUGGACAGCACGGGCAACAGCACACUGUCAGAGCUGCUGCUCUCAUGCAAGGUCAUCUGGAACAUAAAACACAGCUAAAACAUUCUGUCCCCAAGA